GCUAAAAGGAAUGUGAGGCAGUUAGCUGAGUCCAGAAGUCACAUAGCAGCUGGUGAAUUUCAGCAUGGGGUACACAUCUUACGUGAAUAUACGUUAACUAGGUUAUGGUGAAAAUAAUGACAAAAGUAAACUAGAAGAACAUAGAAGAGCUCUGUGAUACCAAACGAAAAGCCUCCCUCAUCAGUUAAAUAACAAAAGUGGAGUGAACAGGUAACUUCAGGUUUUGCCUCACAGAAGCUUUGCUGCUAUAAAAAGAAACUAUUAAGGUUUCAAAAGGAUUUUAAGAGACUGCAGAGGACUAUGAGCAACAAUGAGUGAGAUGCAGCCAUUUUCCAGGGGUAAUCAUAAACAGCCAGAAGGUAUAGAUGAAAAUAUUUCAUUGGGCAUUCCCUCCAGACAGCGUAGUUGUGCUGCUGUAACACAUCCAUCAGCAUGUGUUAACAAAGCUAUUCAACACAUUCAAGAUCUAGAAGUGAAAGUGGAGGAAUCCUUUCAACAGUAUGAUCAUUUAUAUAAGUUAGAGAAAAUUUCACGAGAUACAGAUAUCAAAAGUGAUGGAGAAACUAAAGAUACAUUACUUUCCGUUUUUUCUGAGCUGAAGGAUGAACGUUCAUUAUAUCAGAAAGACAUCCAGCCUUUAAAGCAAAAGACAACAAGUGUUCUGGCAGAGGUCACAGAGUUAGUUGCAAGAUUAGAAAAUGAACGUCAAGAGGCUGAAGAAGCUUUGGAAUUUGAGAAACGACGUAGGAAAAAACUGUAUGGACAUGCUGAUUACUUGUCACUCUGGAGGCUGAAACAGCUUCCCAUAGCUGUUCAAAAAGAGUGGGAAAAGUGUUCUCGAGAUAUUGAAGAAUUACAAUGGCAUUUUGAAGAAAAAAAUCAGCAGCUACAGGAUGCAGUAAACAAACUGAUGAAAAUAGACAUAGCUAAUGCAAAGAUUGUGGAACAUAUAAACUUUAUGAAGACAUACAGCCCUCUACUGGGAGAAAAGUUGAGUUAUGAAGGUGGUUGUAUAGAAGAAGUUAAAAAGAUAUACAGAGAGACAAAAAGUAUAUAUGAUAUUGUUCAUCAUAAACUUGUUGAGGUGAAGAAAUCACAUGAGGCAAUCACAGCACAGUGUGAAAAAAACAGACUAUCUAUGUCUGAGCAAAUAAAGGCUGCUGAGGAGUUGUUGAACCAACUCAGGAAUGAGUUAAAAGAAGCUGGAGUUAUCUACGAUGAUUUCUGUACCAAGAUAAAUGCAAUGAAGGAGACAAUAUUACAGCACAAAAAACAUCUUGAAGAGUUAAUCAAGCAAGAAGUAGACACAAAGGCUGACUUAGUGUCCUGGCAUGAUAAAGCAAACCGCUUAGCUUUGAAAAUUACUGCCCAGGAAAAUGAAAACAAAGAUUUACUUAACAGCUACUUGGAAGAAAUGAAAAACAUGGAAUGUUCUAAGUCAACUCAGGAGUCUGAUAUACAAGAUCUGAAAGACAAGCUCAGGAGUUAUUUGGAAGAAAUAGUUAACCUGCAGAAUGAAAGCAAACGUCUUCGUGAUGAAAAUGGAGAAUUUUUGCAAAAAUUCAGGGAGUGUUCAAGACGGAAAGUGGAAUAUCAAGCAGAAAUUCAGGUCUUGCAGAAAAAUAUCCGUAGACUGGAAGAGCACUUAAAAAAAGUCAACAAGGAACUUUAUGCGGCCGAACUGGCUUUUGAUGAAGCCAAGACAAAACUGGAGGAAUUGGAGCAAACCAUCACUAAAGACAAAAUGCGUUUCAAGAACUUGGAAGAAAAUGUGAAAAAACAAAUCAGAGAUGAAGUUAGUGCUUGGAAGCUGACCCAGAAAAGGGUUAAAGCACUGCAGUCAGAUCUAGAUAAAAAAAGAAAGGAACAUGAAAAGUUACAAGAAAAAAUUCGCCGGAAAUUAGCUGAACUUGAACAGCGUGUGGCUGAACAAACUGAACUACUAUCAAAAAAUAAAGAAAGACAAAAAAAUCUUAUUCAGGAAAUUGCUGAUAUCAAUCAGAAAAUUCGAGAACUUGAUGAAAAGGAGAAAAAAAUUAAAAAACAGCUAGAUGACCAGAAGAGUUCUUUGGAGUACCUCUUAGCUGAUGUAAAGGAGAAAUAUUUAGAUAUUCUGAGCCAGCUUGCUAAAGUCAAUGAAGAUAUUGCAAAAUUUCGAAAUGAAAUUGCUAAACUGAAUGCCUUAAGCAAAGGAAAGCAAAAGCAGGUGGAUACCACAGAGAAAUCUAUAGCAGAGCUGAGGAAAAAGUAUGCUAGAAUAAAGUCAAAGGAGCAGAAUGCUCAAACAUUAGUUGAUUUUCUCCAUGAGCGGCUGGACUAUGUUACAAAAAAAGUAAAGACAGAUGGCAGAAUAUUUGAAGAGCUGCUGUGGGAUAGACAGGAAACUCUGAAAAUUAACAAGAUUGCUCUGGAAGAGGCACUGGAUGAAAAUCUACGUUUAGCACAGGAAUAUCAAAUGCUCCAGAUAUGUUAUCUUACUAACAAAAAUGAGCUUAUGGAUUUCUAUGAUCAUAAAGUCAGGGCUGAAGCAGCAUUAACAGAUCAACAGCAGCUCUCUCAGCUGCAGAGGAAGCUGCACAGAGCAUUGGUGGAGUACUUCAAACUGCGAGCCCUCUGUAGCCAAGCUGGGCUGGCGAAGUUCCAGGCAGCCUCUCAUGAGAAUGUUCAGAAAAUAUUAGCUGUGCAGGGGGGCUUGUCAGAGAUACUGGAACAUACAGAGACUUUCUUGAAGUCUUUGACAGAUGGCUCAUCUACUUAGGAGACAAUGAAAACAACUACAGAGUCUUGGAUGCUGAAAUACUGUAUAAGACAAGAAAAGUCACACAGUUCAGAUAACAGUGUAAUUGGACAUUCACCUGUUUGCCAUUUCACACUUCCAUGGACGAAAAACUCACUCACCUCCCAGCAUGCCUUGCCAUUCUUUUACUUACAGCAAAUCCAUAACAAUGAAACAGGUGACUUUCAUGCUGCUGUCAGGAACGAUCUAAUUUCAGCUCUGGGUGACUGAUUGCAAUUGGCUUUGCCUCAUCUGAUAAUUAAUCUAUGUCACCAUUAAUUGGAAGAGAGAAUAAUUACUGGCGGUGUUGACAGUGACUGUACGCUUCCCCAGAUUUCCCCAUUGUCUUGGCCCGAAUAGAGGGUUUGCAAUUCCGUACUUAAAGUUUAUGUAAACUGUAACAAUACCUAUGCCCAUGUGACACUUUCAGAUGCUCCGUCUAAUGUACUUUUGUUUUUGUGUUUACCAAUCUUUUUUAGCUCACAGAGAGCUGUCUCCCUCAAUCACUCCUCAAUGUUCUAUCUUAAUUUUGUGGAAGUUUAAAGUUUUCAAUGAGCUGGAGAUGAAUGAUUAAUGAAUAAAUUUAAAUGCUUCAUUUUG